AUGGCCGCCGUCAGUCGAGCACAAGCCGAUGAUGAAUCUGGUAAACCACACAGGCGACUGCCCAUCUCUUCUGGUAAGGCUAUUACUGUUUCCAAGGGCAACGAAAAUGGUAACGUCGCCGGUUGUGACCAAGAUCGGAGCAGCGCAGCCGAGGAUCUGACGGUUGAAAUCGUUUUCAGCGAGGAGGACGGAUACGCCGUGAAUGAUGUGCUCGCACAAAGCAGACACCGUGAUGGUUCUAUAUACAGGGGUGUGGAUUCACUUUGGUGGAAGAGAGAGUAUCGUAUUGCGGACCGUACAGAGACGCGGCUUGAGGCAAUGGCAUUGUCAAAUCCCACGAAUUGUGUCGUCCUCGAUGGAACUUGCAUAACUCAUGAUGCUUUUAGCAUGCUGCAAUUUUACUCGGUGGAGUUGGCUGAAGUUCCCAUGGAUGGUGGCUCAGUAGAGCUGUAUGGAUACAUAGCGGUGCGGGAUGAUAUCGAUCCGUUGCUUAAUUAUGUCGUCAAUAUUAGCAGGGAUGAUCCCAUCGUUGUGGAGGAGGGUUCUCUCAUCAACAUGACUGGCCCUAAGCGAGGGACAGAUAUCGCGGAUAGUGUUCUAAUUGAAUAUGACAUGAGGAUCAAGGUAGGUGAAGAAGAAAAAUAUGACAUACAACUGAUCGAUGGUGCAUCAAUCAUUGGCCCUGAAGGCAAUUGGAAUCGGCCAUUCACAUUUCGCAUCCCUGGCGAUGGUGGAGCGGUCGACAUAAUUUUAUCAUGUCUUUUAUAUGCAGUUGAGGCGACGGUAGAGGUUCCGAUAUCGGAAGUGCAAAGCAGUUUCAAUUUGUCUAUGGGAUGUUUAAGCAGUGGGUUUAGUGAGGAAAUCCGGCUCUUUGAUGGUGCGGUUGCUAAAUCAUGUGGCUUAAAGAGGUCUGUGGUUGCUGUAUUGAAAAAUUCUUCGAUAGAUUUGGAGUUCAAGGUUGUUGCACUGUCAUCCAGUUCCGACCACCAACAUUGUUGUCCUUUCAAGGCUAAAACCCAUGGGCAUGAUACUCAAGAAAUAAAGAAUGAUUUUGCGUUAAUCUCGGUGAAGGUGACUUGGUCGACGUUGCUUGGUAGCUUUUCUGACUAA